CAUUUGUGUGCUCUGUCUACUGCGCGCCUGCAAUUCGCAUCACUAUUGCCUUAAAUCGAAACCAAAAGUAUUUUUAGAUCUCGGUGAAGGCACCAGAAUGCGGCGCUUGAACAACUCGUUUACAACAAGAACUCCUCUACAAAUUUAGCACUGAGCCCAGAACCAGUACCAAGCCAGCAGUUGGUGCUGUCUUCAAAUGCAUUAGCAUCUGCCAAGGAACGUUUACCAAGCAAGUACUUAAUUGAAUUGGAACCUGGUGCAAAAGAUGUGUAGCCUAAAAAAUGAAAGAGGAAUAAAAUAGAUUAUAGGCUUCAGCCUCGUUGGACAGUAAUAGCUUCAACUUCCUCUGAGAAAAAUCAUGGCGUCAUCAUUUGAAACAGGAAGACCAGGUUCACCUUCAAACAGUGAUGUGUUGUCCAUGAGGAGUGAUCAAUCCAUGGGCAAACCCAUCAACUUUAACACUGAAGAAACAAGAGGAAGACCAGGCUCACCUUCAAACAGUGACGUGUUGUCCAUGAAGAGUGAUCAAUCCAUGGGCAAACCCAUCAACUUUAACACUGAAGAAAUAAGAGGAAGACCAGGCUCACCUUCAAACAGUGACGUGUUGUCCAUGAGGAGUGAUCAAUCCAUGGGCAAACCCAUCAACUUUAACACUGAAAAAACAAGAGGAAGACCAGGCUCACCUUCAAACAGUGAUGUGUCCAUGAAGCGUGAUCAAUCCAUGGGCAAUCCCACCAACUUUAACACAGCAGAAACAAGUCAAGGAACAGACUCACCAUUAAACAAUGAUGUUAGCUCCAGUGGGUCCAGUGGCAACUCUACCAACUCAGGAAACAAAGAUUCAAGAAUAAAAGUGCUCAAAGAGCCCCUGAAGAAACGAAUCCUGAAAAAACAUAAAACUGAUGGUCAGAAAAAUUUAGAGACAGAGCUCAUACACAUAACUGCUGCUGAUGUCAACAACAAAGAAGGAAAACCUUUGGGAAACUUUGGCAAUCUGUUUAAACCUCUGAAUGAUGUCCGCACCGUGCUCACAAGUGGUGUGGCUCGCAUCGGUAAAACAUUUAACACUCAGAAGAUGAUGGUUGACUGGGCAAAUGGAAACUCCAACAAAGACAUUGACUUAAUAGUGCAGUUUAAUUUAAGUCAACUGGAAUCAAGCAAACACAAGGAACAGAGCCUGAAGGAUCUUCUUGAUGAUCACUUCCAUGAUUUAAAAGUGUCAGAUGUUUCCAACUAUGAAGACUACAAAAUAGCCUUUGUCCUUGAUGAGUUUGAAAAACAUAACUUGGAUCUGGAUUUCCAAAAGAACAACGAUUUAUCUGACCUUGAUGAUAAAGCCUCAGUGGGUGUGCUGCUAACAAGCCUCAUCAAAGGGACAUUGCUCCAUUCAGCUCGAUUAUGGAUCAUCUCUCAAACUUCAGAUGUGAAGAUUCCACCAAACUAUAUUGACAAAGUGACUCUAUGUCGAGAGACGUCCACACGUCAAGAGCAGCUGAUGUCAGAUCUUAAGGCGAGGUUUAAAAACAAACCCUCUGUACCUAAAAAUCUUUACCCUCCAAACAUAGAACAUGUAAUAAGAGAGGGCAGUGAUUAUGAGGCUGAAAAAGUGUCAAGAGUGAGCAACAUUACAGAGAUCUUCAAAGAGAACAAUACGAAAAAAAUCCGGACUGUGCUGACGAUUGAAAAACCAGACAUUGGAAAAACCUUCCAUGUGGACAAAUUCAUUCAAGAAUGGGCUAAAGCUGGAACAGGGUCAUUCUUCAGGUGGAUUAAUUUCCUUAACAAAUCUCAAGAUAAAGAACUUAUUUUUCCACUUAAAGUUUCUAAACUCUGUGAAUUAAAAAACAAAACAAUGAGUUUAGACGAAGUUCUUCAAAAUGUAUUUGAGGAAAUGAGAAAAUCAGUGAUUUCUAAUUUAGAAAUUUUCAAAAUCAUAAUCAUCUUGGAUGGACUGAACUCUCGGGGACUUCCUUUGGACUUUAAUGGAGCUGACACUGUGACAGAUGUCAGACAGAAGGCCACAGUAGAUGUCCUACUGACAAACCUAAUCAAAGGAAACCUGCUUCCCUCUGCCAAGCUGUGGAUCACCUCUGAUCAGUCAUCUCUUGAAUGGCUGCCUGAAGAUAUGUUUCAGAGAGUGACAGAAAUUCGAGGAAUAAAAGUGCUCAAAGAGCCCCUGAAGAAACGAAUCCUGAAAAAACAUGAAGCUGAAUGUCAGAAGAAGUCAGAGACGGAGCUCAUACACAUAACUGCUGCUGAUGUCAACAACAAAGAAGGAAAACCUUUGGGAAACUUUGGCAAUCUGUUUAAACCUCUGAAUGAUGUCCGCACUGUGCUCACAAGUGGUGUGGCUCGCAUCGGUAAAACAUUUAACACUCAGAAGAUGAUGGUUGACUGGGCAAAUGGAAACUCCAACAAAGACAUUGACUUAAUAGUGCAGUUUAAUUUAAGUCAACUGGAAUCAAGCAAACACAAGGAACAGAGCCUGAAGGAUCUUCUUGAUGAUCACUUCCAUGAUUUAAAAGUGUCAGAUGUUUCCAACUAUGAAGACUACAAAAUAGCCUUUGUCCUUGAUGAGUUUGAAAAACAUAACUUGGAUCUGGAUUUCCAAAAGAACAACGAUUUAUCUGACCUUGAUGAUAAAGCCUCAGUGGGUGUGCUGCUAACAAGCCUCAUCAAAGGGACAUUGCUCCAUUCAGCUCGAUUAUGGAUCAUCUCUCAAACUUCAGAUGUGAAGAUUCCACCAAACUAUAUUGACAAAGUGACUCUAUGUCGAGAGACGUCCACACGUCAAGAGCAGCUGAUGUCAGAUCUUAAGGCGAGGUUUAAAAACAAACCCUCUGUACCUAAAAAUCUUUACCCUCCAAACAUAGAACAUGUAAUAAGAGAGGGCAGUGAUUAUGAGGCUGAAAAAGUGUCAAGAGUGAGCAACAUUACAGAGAUCUUCAAAGAGAACAAUACGAAAAAAAUCCGGACUGUGCUGACGAUUGAAAAACCAGACAUUGGAAAAACCUUCCAUGUGGACAAAUUCAUUCAAGAAUGGGCUAAAGCUGGAACAGGGUCAUUCUUCAAGAGGAUUCCUUUCCUUAACAAACCUCAAGAUAAAGAACUUAUUUUUCCACUUAAAGUUUCUAAACUCUGUGAAUUAAAAAACAAAACAAUGAGUUUAGACGAAGUUCUUCAAAAUGUAUUUGAGGAAAUGAGAAAAUCAGUGAUUUCUAAUUUAGAAAUUUUCAAAAUCAUAAUCAUCUUGGAUGGACUGAACUCUCGGGGACUUCCUUUGGACUUUAAUGGAGCUGACACUGUGACAGAUGUCAGACAGAAGGCCACAGUAGAUGUCCUACUGACAAACCUAAUCAAAGGAAACCUGCUUCCCUCUGCCAAGCUGUGGAUCACCUCUGAUCAGUCAUCUCUUGAAUGGCUGCCUGAAGAUAUGUUUCAGAGAGUGACAGAAAUUCGAGAAAAGCCUGAUGGAGCGAGUCAGAGGAAUCUUAAAAACCAGCUAAAGAAGCAGUUUACCUUUGUAUCUGAAGGCCUGGAUAAGCAGGAAACCUCUGCUUCUUUGAAAAGUAUUUACACAGAUCUCUACAUCAUCAGGGGAGAAAGGGGAAAGGUCAAUGUUCAGCAUGAGUCGAGACAGAUUCAGGAGGCAAAAUUUAAAUCAGGGCAGGAAGAAAUUCCGAUCAAGUGUUUGCACAUCUUCCAACCUGCACCUGAUGAGAGUUUACCACCCAGAAAUGUUUUCACAUUAGGAAUGGCAGGGAUUGGGAAAACAUUUGCUUCAAUGAAGUUCAUCCUGGACUGGGCUGAUGGUACAGCCAAUAAAAGCAUCAAUUUCAUAUUUCCACUCUCUUUCCGGGAACUAAAUCUUAUAAAGGAAGAGGAACACAGUUUCCAGGAACUUAUUCAUCGGUUGUUUCCUGCUAUGAAGAGAUCAGAAAUAACUAACUAUGACCAGUACCAAGUUCUGGUUGUUCUGGAUGGUCUUGAUGAAUGCCGGCUUGACCUUAAUUUCCGUGAGAGCAAACAUUUGACGGAUGUAAAACAGAAAACCACAGUAAAUGUUCUUCUGGUAAACCUUAUCAAAGGAAACCUGCUUCCUAAAGCUCAAGUCUGGAUAACGACCCGACCAGCUGCUUCCAAUACUACUGGUGUAGUUCACCGUGUUACAGAAGUGCGAGGAUUUAAUGAUGAGCAGAAGGAAGAGUACUUCAAGAAGAGAUUCAAUAAAGAAGAUCUGGUUAAUCAAAUCCUGGAACAUGUUAGGAAAUCAAGAAGCGUUCACAUCAUGUGUCACAUCCCAGUCUUUUGCUGGAUCACUGCGAAGGUUCUGGAGGAUUUCGUGCAACGAAACCAAGAAGAGGGCAUGCCCAAGACUUUGACUGACAUGUACAUUUGCUUUUUGUUGCUGCAAUGUAGACAGGCUAAUAUAAAAUAUACCAAAGAAGAGACAAGUGACAUCUUGGGGGCAGAGUCGAUUUGGAAUGAGAGGAACAAGAAGACAAUCCUAUCACUGGCAAAGGUGGCCUUUGACGAACUAGAGAAGGGAAACUUCCUCUUCACAGAGGACAGUUUGCCAAAGAAUAUUGUUGAAGGAAAAGCUGCAGUUUUCUCUGGCUUGCUUACUCAAGUCAAACGUGAAGGUUGUGAAUGGAUCACAAAUUUUUACUGCUUUGUCCACCUAAGCAUUCAGGAGUUUUUAGCAGCUUUACACGUGAUUCAAACGUUCAACAAUGAGGGAAAAAAUCUGCUUCAAAUGGAGGCAGUGGAUUUGUCUGAACCAGAAUUUUACAAGACAGCAGUGGACAAGACUUUAGCCAGUGAAAAUGGAGACAGGGAUCUGUUCCUCCGUUUCCUACUUGGUCUGUCUGUGGAAACCAAUCAAACUUUGCUGCAGGAUAUUCUGAAGAAGACGGAAAACAGCAAGGAGGCAAACCUUGAAACAAUUGAGUACAUCAAAAGUAAAAUCAAUGAAGAAAUGAAUGAUCCUGAAAAGAACCUCAAUCUAUUCCACUGUUUAAAUGAGCUGAAUGAUCACUCUCUUGUACAAGAAGUGAAAAAGUACCUGCAGUCAAACACCCUACCAUUUGAAAGUUUCUCUAAAGCUCAGUGGUCAGCUUUGAAUUUUGUUUUACUGAUGUCGGAUGAAAAACUUGAUGUGUUCGAUCUGAAGAAAUACCUGAAGUCAGAGAAGGUUUUCCUGGGAAUGUUGCCAGUGGUCAAAGUAUCAAAAACUGCCCGGUUGAGUUGGUGUGAGCUCUCGGAGGAGUCCUGUAAAGGUCUAAACCUCUCAGUGCUCUGCUCUGCAUCCUCAAAUCUCACAAAGCUGGAUCUGAGUCAUAACGAUCUGCUGGAUUCAGGGGUGGAGCAGCUUGCUGAAGGCCUGAAGAGUGUGCAUUGCAAACUCAAGAGUCUCAAUUUGGCUGGCUGUCAGGUGACAGAGAAAGGCUGUGGUUACAUAGCUUCAGCUCUGGAGUUCAGAAAAGCUGCAGACCUGAAGAUGCUGGAUCUCAGCUACAACCACCCAGGAGACAUCGAGUCGAAGAGACUACAGGACAUAACUGAGGAUCCACAAAUGAAACUGAAGACACUUUGUUUGGAACGCUGUGGUCCUAAUCGCCUGAGGUCAGGAAUAAAGAAAUAUGAAGUUUAUUUGACCUUUGACGAGAAGACCGCACACAGAAAGUUUGCAUUUGAAAAUGGCAGAAAAGUAAAAACAAUAGAUUUGUCAAAGAAAGCUGCCCGAGGUACCGCUUCUGUUAACAAAGACAUGGUGAGAUGGACUCAGGUGUUUUGUGAAAGACCAGAAAUGCCUAAUCAAGGUCUAACAGGCCUCUGCUACUGGGAGAUGGAGUGGACAGGACAGGUUGCCAUUGCAUUAGCAUAUGAAAAAGUGGGCAGAGACAUGAGCCACUUUGGCAGCCUGAUCUGCAGUAAAAUAUCUUGGAGUCUAAGCUGCUCUCACAAAAACUACACUGCCAGGCACGGAAACACCAGUGUAACCAUUGAAACUGAGCCCUGCCCCAGAAUAGGAGUGUUUCUGGACUAUGACAAUGGUUUACUGAGUUUUUACAGUGUUACACCAGGACAACUGAGCCAUAUUUACACCUUCAAUGAGAAAUUCACAAGGCCACUAUUUCCUGGCUUUUCAUUCAAAAAGGGCUGUGUGAGUUUGUGUGACAUUGACUGAAUACUGCACUGAAUAUCUGAUCAUUUCAAAGAACUGCAAAAGCAGAAAAUGCUAUAUAGCCUUGACAUACGGUGGUGUCUGAACAAAGUAAGAAUAGCACAGUGUUAAUGAGCCACUAAUCUACUAAUAGUAGAAUGACAUAAAACACAUAUAAUAUAUAACACAUAUAACAUAUAAAACAUAUAAA